AUGCCGUGUCUGUGCUCCGCGGCUUGUGGGGUGGAGGGGGUAAGGGCUUGGCCAACUGGUCCCCUGGGGAGAAUCCCCGACAGAAUUUCCAUUCGUACUCCGCACUGGGCGACGGGCUGCCUCCCCUUAUGUAAUCCAAAAUGGCACGGUGGGCGAGGCUUGGAGUGUCUAGCCUCGUGGCAGCUAGGGGAGCCGCACGGGACGAAAGCCGUUGUUGCUGGGAUAAAAGCAAGCACAACCCACCCAAGGAAUCACAUCCCACCUGACAUCCCCGACGCCAAAUUUAAGCUUUGCAUCGGCGGGUUGGCCCGGCGGGACUACUGCUUUUGUCACGGCUUUGUAAGUGCAAAAGGGGGGUUCCUCCCAUCUGUGACGUUCCUGGACGACCAAGUACUUUGUGGACUGGAAAACAGUGCCAUGGUGGCGCUGCCGGCACGCGAUCUGAGAAAGACUCCCCUUCGGGAAAACAAGCUCGGUGCCUACACCCAUGAUCGAGAACCAAACUCGUGA